AUGGGCAGGACGGGUGUCACAAUUGCUGCAAUUGCUGCACUGUCCACAGCACUGUUUAAUACAAUUCUUGCUCAAACUUCAACGUCAUUGCAAGCAGACACCACCACGAGUUAUCGUUCAGUUUACACACUUCCUGCUUCGGUCGAUACCAGCGCACCUCUCAUCCCAAACAUCCACGAUCCACUAGCGGUUAAUCCACAAGAUGUUUGUCCUGGCUAUACUGCAUCUAAUGUUAAACGAACCGCUUAUGGACUGACGGCUUCUCUAUCAUUAGCUGGCGAUGCCUGUAAUGUUUAUGGAACGGAUAUAGAUUUCCUCAAUCUGACAGUGGAGUAUCAAUCGAAAGAUCGUCUCCAUGUGGAGAUUGUCCCUACUUAUGUUGGACCUUCGAAUAGCUCCUGGUUUAUCCUGCCAGAGUCACUUGUCGAGAAGCCUUCCAUUGAUGCCGAUGCAAACUCCACCACUUCCGAUAGUGAUCUCAGCUUUCUAUGGAGUAAUGAUCCAACCUUUUCAUUCUCAAUAUUUCGUCGAUCCACAGGGGAUGUUCUUUUCUCCACCGUUGGUACUAAAUUGGUUUAUGAAAACCAAUUCAUCGAGUUUGCUAGUUCUUUGCUGGAGAACUACAAUCUUUAUGGCUUAGGUGAAGUUAUUCAUGGCUUUCGUUUAGGAAACAACUUUACAAGAACCUUCUGGGCGGCAGAUGUUGGUGAUAAUAUUGACGCAAAUAUCUACGGCGAUCAUGGAAUUUAUCUCGAUACAAGGUAUUAUGAGGUUGAUGCGGGCACCGGAAACAUGACCUAUGUCGCAAAUGCAACCAAUGUAACUGCAGAUUACGUUUCUUAUACUCAUGGUGUCUAUUUAAGAAAUGCUCAUGGUCAGGAAGUCUUGAUGAAGCCAUCAAAUAUCACUUGGAGAACUCUCGGUGGAAGUAUUGAUCUUUACUUCUAUGCUGGUCCAACACAAGAAAAGGUUACCAAGGCAUAUCAAAAGAGUGCUGUUGGACUUCCAGCUAUGCAACAAUAUUUUACUUUCGGGUAUCACCAAUGCCGAUGGGGCUACGCAAACUGGACAGAAAUAAACAACGUGGUUGACAAUUUCGCAAACUUCGGGCUUCCGUUAGAAACAAUCUGGUUAGAUAUCGAUUAUAUGAAUCAAUAUCGCAAUUUUGAGGUUGAUGAGGUCAGAUUUGGAUAUUCUGAGGGAGCAGAAGUCUUCUCAAAACUUCAUGCAAAUGGUCAACAUGUCGUUCCAAUCGUUGACUCUGCAAUUUACAUCCCCAAUCCUGAUAACGCAACCGAUGCAUACCCACCUUUUAAUCGCGGCAAUGAAACUGACAGCUUUAUGUUGAACCCUGAUGAUAGCCUUUAUAUAGGAAGUGUAUGGCCUGGAUACACUGUUUUUCCUGACUGGAUUGGCUCCAUCUUGAAUGGGACCGGUGCGUAUCAAUGGUGGUCAGACGAGUUGACAGCAUGGCAUCAGAACUUCUCCUUCGAUGGCAUUUGGAUUGACAUGAGUGAAGUUUCUUCCUUCUGUGUUGGCUCCUGCGGAAGUAAAAACCUUACUCUUAAUCCUGUUCAUCCACCAUUUCUUCUACCAGGAGAACCGGGAAAUGUCGAUUUUACGUACCCAGAAGGAUUCAACCUCACAAAUUCAACUGAAGCCGCAUCUGCAUCUUCUGCCUUCGCCAGUCAGUCUUCAGUUUAUGCAACAUCGACAGCGUCAUCUUCUACGAGUUAUAUCCGCACAACACCCACACCAGGAGUCCGGGAUGUGAUAUACCCUCCGUAUGUCAUCAAUAACUUCCAAGGAGCACUAGAUGUUCAUGCCGUUUCACCCAACGCUACUCAUCAUGGUAAUACACAAGAGUACGACUACCAUAAUUUAUUCGGAACCCAGAUUCUAAACGCUACCUAUAACGCCCUUCUCAAUAUCUUCCCAACCAAACGGCCAUUCAUCAUUGGUCGUUCUACUUUCGCAGGAUCCGGAAAGUGGGCUGGGCAUUGGGGUGGUGAUAAUUAUUCUCUCUGGGCUUACAUGUUCUUUUCCAUCCCACAAGCUCUUUCAUUUUCAUUAUUCGGAAUCCCUAUGUUCGGCGCGGAUACGUGUGGCUUCUCCGGUAACUCUGACGAAGAAUUAUGUAACCGCUGGAUGCAACUCUCAGCAUUCUUUCCCUUUUACCGAAAUCACAAUACUCUCGCCGCCAACUCCCAAGAACCAUACGUGUGGGCGAGCGUCAUAGAUGCCACCAAAGCGGCUACUACAAUCAGAUACACCCUCCUUCCAUACAUCUACACCACGUUCUACCUAGCACACUCCACUGGCUCCACCGUCAUGCGUGCUCUUGCCUGGGAAUUCCCAAAUGAUCCCACGCUCGCGUCUGCAGAUCGACAAUUCUUACUCGGCCCCAACAUCUUGGUGACGCCUGUCCUAGAGCAGGGUGCUUCUACCGUCAAUGGUGUAUUUCCCGGAUCUGGAAAGGGCGAGCUUUGGUACGAUUGGUAUAAUCAGUCUGUCGUAACCUCAUCUCCAGGUCAAAAUAUCACCAUUGACGCACCACUUGGACAUAUUCCCGUCUUCAUACGCGGUGGCGCCAUUCUUCCAAUCCAAGAACCCGCAUUGACGACUCAAGAAUGCAGAAAGAAACCUUGGGGUUUAUUGGCCACAUCUAGCUUGCAAGGAACUGCUAGUGGUGGACUAUAUCUCGAUGACGGCGAAUCUCUAACCCCUAAUGCUACUCUCUGGGUUGAUUUUUCCAUGACGCGAAAUUCGCUCUACGCAUCUGGAAGAGGCAAUUAUAGCGAUGGUAUUCCACUUGCAAAUAUUACCAUCAUGGGUGUUUCAUCAACUGUCAAUCAUGUGUCGUUUAAUGGGGCGAGUCUCGCCAGUGGCUGGAUGUACAAUUCUACGAGUCGGGUGCUGGAUAUUAGGGGAUUGGGUAGUGCAACGAGUCGCGGGGCUUGGAAUUGUGAUUGGGUGUUGGAGUGGGUUUGA